AGAAUCCAAUAUCGGACAACCCAAUCCAUGUAGGAAGAAAAGUAUUGACAGGCGUGCCGCGUGACAAAUUUUUGUUUAGGAAGUUUCGGAAUUUUUUAAAUUUUAGACGACGGUAUGAGCGAGGCGCAAAGGAAAUUUGCAUGGUCGGUAUUGUGACUACCUUUAUACCGAAGCUUUGUAAUGAUGCCAAAAUAAGCGCGCUGUGUUGUGCUGACACGAAUAUCAGUAACACCGCUGAGCUAGCUAGAACCCAAAAGUGUUCUACCGUGGUUUGACGUACCCAAUGCCACAUCCGCGGCUUCGAUUCGCGUUAUUUUACGAACUCAACUAGACCCACUUAAGCGAAACAGAUAAAUGUUGUAGGCGGACACUCGCAAAAACAUGCAACAGUGACUGCGCGCUCGUCUUGCGCGCGCGACGCGUGAUAAUUCGUUCUUGUCGCAGAGUGUGAGAGCAGUGAAGAAAAAUGUCAUCGAGACAGGAAGAACUGGAGACAGUGAAGGCAAUAAUUCGGGCCCUACUGAUCGCCGACAAGCGGACUUUCACCGUUCGGCAGUUCAUCAACGAAUACAGGAGCAGUGAGGGACAGAACUUUCCCUACGCCAAGUUCGGGCAUUCCGACCCGCUGAACUUCCUCAGGAGUCUCACGGACACCGUUCAGGUCUACCAGUCCGGCAGCGAGUUCUACGUCAAGCCCAAUGUCACCCAAGACGUGCAGCACGUCCAGAAACUGGUCAGCCGUCAGAAAGAUUCGACGUCGAAACCGACUGCCACAACGCAGCGACGCUACAACCGGUUCCCGUCUUCGAUGAUGCCGCCGCAGCGGUUGGGGCCGCCCUUGCUGCCGAUGCAGCCGCCGCAGAGGCAGGGCCCACCGCCGAGGUUGUGCCCGCCGCCGCCGCCGACGACUCAGCAGUUGAUGAGGGUAAAGAGUAACAUCAAGGAGCUGCUGAGCACCUGCGUCGACGGUAUCACCCUGGGCCAGCUGGAGGAAAUGUACGCCAGGAAGCACAGCACGGGCAUCAACUACACACUGUUCGGACACGCCAGUCUGGAGAGCUUCGUCUUCAGCAUGUCGGACAUACUCUGCGCCCUCAGGAGCUCGCUCGGAGUCGUGAAGAUCUUCCGCAACAAGAAUGGUAACAGCCCAGACACAAUUGGCAGCAAUCCGAGGCACGCAGCCAUGCCAACACCCGUCCCCAGCUUUGCAGCGCACAAGCCCCAGUCGGCCCACACUGGCACCUUCGCCACUUCCCAGAAUCAACGACAAGCAAAGACUCAACCUUACACCAGGACAUACAAUGCUGACAACAUGGGAAAUAGAAAUCCACAACCGGCAAGCAUGCUGCCGUUUCCCACCCCAGCGUUUCCCACACCUUCGAUUGCCCAAUGGUCCACAGCGCCUCCCAGUCAAGCAUGUCAAACAGAGAAUGUACCGAAGAACCCGGGCCCUCCCGAACUGCCCCUGACCGAGGACUGGACCCCCAAGAGGACCAUGCCGGCCGUUCCCGCGGCCAGCAGGCCUCCCCCCGCCUGCGCAGACCUCAAGCUCCGGAGCAUUGGCACCCGGAGCAGCAGUCUGAGCAGCAGCAGCAGUAGCAGCGUCAUCGUCGGCGGAGCCACGGGGGGCGGGGACCUCCCCCUCAACCCCAAGGUGGUCAGCGGCUUCAAGAGGAUGUUCUCCAACCAUCCCGACGGAAUUUGGCUGAAGGACUUCGCAGAGGUGUACGAGAGCGAGACCGGCCAGGAGCUGCGGGUGGGCGAGCUGGGCUUCAGCACGCUGCUGCAGCUGCUGGAGAACUGCGCGGGCACGCUGGAGGUGAAGCGCCCCGUGCAGGGUGGAGACUUCAUGGUAUGCCAGGUGGACCGACAGAGGCAGCCCAUCCUCGAGCCCAGGGUGCUGUCCACCCUGGAGAGCGCGCUCAGGGCGAGCGACUCCCGGGGCCUGUCGCUGGACGAGCUCCUCCAGGCCUACCAGGAUCUGUCGGGGGUGCCCCUGAGCCCCUCGGACCACGGCUUUACCAGGCAGGCCUUCGUGCUCUUCCUCACGGGGCAGCUGCCCGUCGUGUACGAGCCCCUCGGCAAAGGCCAGUUUGUGCUGAAGUGGAGCGACAUUGGGCGGGAGGACGGCGGCUCGGUUGAGGCGCCUCCCGUGGCCCGUGCCCCUGUCGCGAGCCCACCCCUGCUGGCCUACGGGCCCUUCCGGGUACAGGAGGGCCUCGUGGACCGGGAGUACUGCCCCGUGUACGUGUCCCAGGUCUUCAGCAUCCACAACUUCUACGUGCAGCUCAAGGGCAACGACACCUCCCUCCAGCUGGAGGUGCUCAUGAACGAGCUUGAGACGGUGUACGAAGGCCACAGCUCGGACACUCAGGUGGUGGACGAGCGGCAUAUCAGGCCGGGGUUUCCCUGUGCUGCCCCGUACACUUACAGCGACGGCAGCUCCGACUGGCACAGGGGCAUGGUGGUGUCGGUGGGACAGGACCCUCUCUCCUGCAAGGUGGUUUCCCCGCAAUCGGUCGUUCCAACAGAGUGGGCAAGGCUUGUCAUCUCUUUGCAGGUUUUGUACGUGGACUACGGAACUAUGGCCGAGGUGAAAAAGACCAUGCUGCGCACCUUGAAGGAUGAGUUUCUCGUCUUACCAGCUCAGGCCAUACGUGCUACGAUGGGCCACCUGAAGCCCUUCUCCCCAUCUGGAUGGACAGCACAGUCCAAGAGUCGCUUCAUGGAGCUAGUCAGUGGCGAUCGCACACUGAUGUGCAAAGUCCUCGAGCGUCAGGGAGUCGCCUACUCCAUAAAUCUGUGCGACACCACCAAUGAUCCGGAUGUGCACAUCUCGGACAUCCUGGUCGAGGAGGGCCAUGCGCUGCCCGCAGACACCCUGCCAACCCAAGUGGAGGUGGGCAGUCAGGCGGCUGCCCAAGCGGUCGACCAGCAGGGGAGACGGCUUGCCUCCCAACAGGCCAGCGGCAGUGCCGGCCCACAAGCCGGCCAGCAGGUCGUCCAUCCAAUUUCCCAGUCAGUCGCUCGGCAUGCCGGCCAGCAAGCCAACCCCCGAACUGGUUUGGAGGCUGGCUCACAGCUGGCUCAGCCGACCGGCCUGCCGGUGCCCGAGCGAAUCGUCAGGCCGGCUUUCGAGUCGGCCGGUCAGCAGAACGGCCAACCGUCGUCCAGCCGAUCUGCUCCCGAGCCGGCUGGGGCCCCCGAAGAGAACGAGGACUUUAUGAGUGUCCUCAGGAGGGAGCUUGAUGGCCCCUGCAACGCUAGGUCAAUCAAGCCAGAGUACCUCAAGUCUGGCAAGUGCCUCAUGGUCCUCAACUACGACCAAACGCCCUACGUGAGCUCUGCUAACGUGGGGCAGCUGUUAGGACUAACGUCGGACCAGCUGCUUCAAAAUCUGGAAGAAAAACAGAUCCAGUUUCGUAUCCUCGUGCUGCACAGAGACAGUAAUGUCGAACUGUUCAACCAGAUGGCUGGUUACAACGUUCCCGGGGUGAAGGUGAAGCAGUUGUUGGCUCCGCAGGUGACAUUCUUCAAAUUAAAAAACGUCAAUGACCUGCUGAACCUCUUCGAGUUCCCCAGCCAACGGUUGAGGCAUGAGGUGUCCUCUGUCUUGAGGUCGUUCGACCCGAACGCUGACUAUUGGAUGAACGUGUCGGACGACAGCGAUUCGGACGACUCUCCAUCGGUGGAAGACGAACUGCGCAAACUGAGCGCACGCAGAAAAGAGAUCCACGCCGACAUCAUGACAAACAAGGUCUCGAAUCUGAAGGUGGAUGAACUGAGCUCCAUCGAGACGGAAAUUGCAAGAUGUGAAGCACUCCUCUCUGAAAAAGUCAAGCGGACCAUACCCGAGGGACCCCAAGUGGCGGCCUUCACCAAUGGAUACGCCGCACCCCUCGAAGACUGGUGACUCCUGCCGUUCAAAGCAACGCUACGCCUCAUGUAAAUCAACCGACCGCAGUGCAGUGCGGUGUGAUAGUUGUUAUUGUUUCCCAUCGUCACAUCACUUUCUGUUCGUUCAUUUAUCUGCAGAGAAGUAAUGCAGGCUCUCCUUUUUUUUCUCGAGGACUAUUACGUAAAGUGAGGGAUUUUCGGACGAGCAGCAGAGCAAGGCCGGAGCGACUGGUGUGUUUAUGUGUAAAAGUGUGAUUAAGUUCGGAAAUUGUAUAGCGCACAGACUGCGUACGAUGCAGCCCUUACGCCAAAAAUGUUUGCGGUUGUGCAUAGUUUCCUUUUUAUUGAAUAAAAGGUCCGGAUACAUGCCUA